UUGCAAAUUGCAAAUUGCAAACAACCACCAUGACCAUGGCAUCAUCAUCCAUUAUCAUCCCUCCGUUUCUCUCCGCUUCCAUCACACGUCGCAACCUCCUCCUCUCCACCACAAUCGCCACCGUAUCUCCCUCCCCUCAGGUUCCUCCCCCAGACGUAACAAUCACCGAUCGCGUCUUCCUCGAUUUCUCCCUCUGCCCCACUUACUUCCGCUCCGAUCCCUCCGCCACACUCUCCUCCACCACACCUUGCUCCUCCGACUCCACUCCUCUCGGCCGCGUCGUUCUCGGACUAUACGGCCGUCAUGUUCCCCUCACUGUCUCCACUUUCAAACUCAUGUGCACUUCCUCCUCUGCAUCUUACAAAAACACUCCCAUCCACAAAAUCUUCCCCGGCCAGUUCUUCCUCGCCGGAAGACAGGGAUUACGACGAGACACGGCGGAGGUCGGUCCUCUCCUAAAGAAUUUGCCUCCAAACACCGAUGUUGUUAAUUCCAAGUCUUUCCUCAUCCCUCACGCUCGUCCUGGACUAGUCUCUCUUUGCUUGUCUGAAAACGACGACGAUGAUGAAACCAGACUCGAUCCUGAGUACAGGAAUGUCGAGUUCUUGAUCACUACAGGUCCUGGUCCUUGUCCGCAGCUCGACGGUGGCAACAUUGUCUUUGGAACUGUGCUUGAAGGGUUAGAUGUGGUGACGAGUAUUGCUGCAGUGCCAACGUUUAAGCCAUCCGAGAAGAUUCGACAGUUCAACGAUUUUGCAGAGUUUCUGGGAGAUGAACGAGCUCAGAACGCAAGAUCAUUGUGGAACAGACCUCUCAAGACUGUUUUCAUUAGUGACUGUGGUGAGCUUAAGGUCACUAAGCCUUCUCUCUCUCCAUCUCUGCCUUAAGUAUUUGUCUGUGUCAAAGUCUUUUUCUUUCUUUGUGUUUAUAGUAUUCAUCUACUUCUUCCUACUCUCAACCAUUAUAAUUCAGUUCUACUAAAGUUCUUCUGCUGGUUGCUAAAGACUAGGAUGUACAAGAGCUUGUAAGCCCUAACACUUUGUUAUAUAAAUCUGAACAUGGCUAGGAA